AUGCAAGGACCACCUUCAACCACUUUUCCUCCUGGCUCUUUCAUCCAGUUUGGACUGUGCUGUCCCGCAGGCAGUGCUCUGGAGAAGUCUUUAGCUGUCAGUCAGGCAGGAGAGCUGUAUGAGGAGUGGCUGGAGCUGAGGAACGGCUGCCUGUGCUGCUCUGUGAAAGACAAUGGUUUAAAAGCUAUUGAAAAUCUAAUGGAGAAGAAAGGAAAGUUUGACUACAUCCUUCUAGAGACAACUGGAUUGGCAGAUCCAGGAGCUGUUGCUUCCAUGUUUUGGGUUGAUGCAGAAUUAGGGAGUGAUGUCUAUCUGGACGGUAUUGUCACAGUUAUAGAUGCCAAAUAUGGGAUGCAGCAUCUAAUAGAAGAGAAGCCAGAGGGUCUUAUCAAUGAAGCUGAAAGGCAGAUAGCUCUUGCUGAUCUGGCCAUCAUCAAUAAGACCGAUCUAGUGAAUGAGAGUGAGAUGGUGGAGCUCAGAGAUAUGGUGAGAUCAAUAAAUGGGCUCGUAAAGAUUUUGGAGACUCAAAAAUCCAGGGUUGACCUGUCUCAAGUAUUAGAUUUACAUUCGUUUGAUACCAAAGACGGCAUAAGGUUAGCUGAAAAGUUGCAGCUGGUGAAAACAAGCCAACCACAUCUAGACAAGAGUAUGCUGACUGUAACAUUUGAAGUUCCUGGCAGUGUGUCAGAAGACCUAUUAAAUAUAUUCAUUCAGAAUCUCCUGUGGGAGAAGACAUUUAAGAACAAAGCAGGAUUGGCAAUGAUAGUUAUCCGGUUAAAGGGGAUCUUCUCCAUCCAGCAGAAACAGAAGAAGGUGAUGUUGCAGGGGGUCCAUGAGCUUUAUGAGCUGGAUGAGACUCCAGAGUCCUGGGCAGAUCACGAGCCGAGAAUCAACCGACUCGUCUUCAUAGGUCGAAACCUUGAUGGCGACAUUCUGAAGAAAGAGUUUAUUUCAGCCAUGUCUAAUAAAGACUGCGUGGAGUAGAUGAUAUCUGACUGAAACUGUGCACAAUAUACCAGGCCAUGUAUACAAACCAUACAACAACAAUCUCAUAAGACAUUUGUGAAAUCACUGGAAAAGAUAGCUGUUUCUGUUUGCAACCCACAGUUUUUGCAAAUCCUGCAACAGCAGGUAUAUAAUGGGUGCUUGUCAUGCUCCAUGAUGUUUUGAAUGGAAAAAGUGUUAAAAUCGGACACUUAUUUCUCUUAAACAUGUAGAACAUCCUUUAAGCAUCUGUACGCCACAUUUCAAACCAGUAAAACUGAUAUUAACUGAAAUGUCUUAAACACAAACUAUCAUUUAUUUUACAUUUCCAUUAACAUUUUCUCCAAAUACAUACCUGGAAAUGCAUAUCUUGGACACAUUGAAAAACCUGUAGUCUUUAUUUUAAGAGUAUGUUGUUAUUUUUACAAUUCAUUUAAGUGAUCAAUUACUAAUCAUUUUACAUAGACUUUUUCACUGUGUAACGUGUAAAAUAGCAGUAACCAGUCAAAUAAAUUACUCUUCU